AUGGCCAGUUGCCUAGCCUACUACGGACGAAGCCCAUCCCAAGAGAUCAUGACCAGGACCAUUUUGGAGGUCCAGACCUACAUCCUGCCACAGCCUGGCCGGGCAGCAGAGGUGGCCCCAGCUAGUGCAGCACCUGCUGACCCAAAGCCCAAGGUGCCAUACACUGGUUCAAAAUGUUCACCAAAGCAGAGAAGGACAUUGAUUGUGAGAGACCGGCAGCCCAAGACCCUCACUGAAGCAGCCCAGCGGGCCGAUGAGUACCUAGAUGCCCGCCGACCUCACUGUCCUGCUCCUGUACCCAGCUCCAGACCCUCACUGCUUCCUUAG